CUCCUAAAUUGAUUGGGUUGCUAGCAAAUACUUGUUCUCCAACAAAUAUCAAAAUGUUUUCUCUCAGACAUGCUCUUUGUCGGGCUGUCUGUGCUCCUUACUCACAGCUUGCUAAAUCUCGAACUAUUACCACAAUUCCUCACCGUUCAACAAAAUUGGAUCGGAUAAUUACUGCAGCCACUUUCCAGCAGAGAUGGCUUAGUGGCAAAGUUCAAUCCGAGCAGCUUAACACUCCCCUUCCCUACACACAAGAGCAGCAAAAAAAGGAGAAUGGAACACCUUCCGAAGAAUCUAGUAUUGCCAUUUCUAGUGGGUCCCUUUCUGGUGACUCGAGCCGCGUGAAUGCUACUCAGACAACUUCCGAUGAACUUGACUCCGCGAAGGCUACUGAAACACCUGUUGACUCUCGUUCUGUGGGCCAUCCACGCUUCUCAAUAAGGCGACCGAAACCCGACGGAUAUAUCGCGCCGAAAUCUACAAUUUACGUUGGCAACCUGUUCUUCGAUGUAACCGCUGGAGACUUAAAAAAUGAAUUUUCCAAAUGUGGCCCAGUUGAAGGAGUACGGUUGCUAUACGAUUAUCGUGGGGUCAGCAAAGGAUUCGGCUACGUGAAGUUUCACGAUGUGGAAACUGCUGAAAAGGCAGUCGCUCUUAUGCAUGGCCAGCUUUUUGAGGGCCGCCACCUCGCGGUCAAUUUCGCCAGGGUGGAGCUUGACAAACCUAUGAACCAUGACCCCACAAAGCCUCCUACGAGAACGUUAUACAUUGGAAAUAUACCAUUCGAGAUGACUGAUCGCGAUCUUAAUGAACUUUUCAAGGAUGUUGAUAAUAUCAUCGACGUCCGCGUUGCUGUUGACCGCCGCACUGGUCGAGCAAGAGGUUUUGUUCAUGCCGACUUUACUGAUAUUGAAAGUGCACGGAAAGCUUUCACCCUCCUCAGCACCAAAACCCCUUACGGCCGACCCCUUCGAAUAGACUACAGUCAUAGCAACAUCAAGAUACAGCCUGCCGGGCCUCCCAAACGGGAUGAUCCUGGAGCUACAUUUGGCAGUGAUUAGCCCAUGCGCUCGAAGUGAUAGCAUCUAGACAAGUUUAUCAAUGUCAGGUGUAAGUUCGGAACAUGAACCUCUUGUAUGGCUGCAGCAGCAUUUUCUCCCCUUUCAAUGGAGAUAUGAGCAUUUGCAACGUGGCACAGAUCAAUGAACUUACACUAUGGCGCAUGUUCUAUAUGUUCUACACCUGAUGACUUCCUUGCUUCGUUGUAACAUUUAUAUAUGGCGCAGCUUCCUCUGAUAUUUUGGCAUCUCCCUUUCAUUAGUGUUGAGUAAUUGACAUAUAUAUGUAUAAUAAAAUGGUUCUCGCUUGAAAUAACUAUACGCCUACAGCGUAGGUCAGGAUUUCCCAACUGCCCUGAACUCAAGGUUAGGGUAGUGUCCGUUUCCAGGAUUUCCCAACCUGGCCCCAGAUUCCUGUCCCAAUUCCUGUUUCAUGGACAGGAUCAGAUUGAAGUCCAGCCAACAGAAUAGAAUCAGAUUGUUUAACAACAUAUUAAAACAAAUCUAUAAGAACUAGAAUUAGAAUAAGAUUA